UCGGAAUAUGGGUAGGAAACAAAGAACUCGAUGUGAUAGCGUGUUGUAGUAACGCUGUCUCAAUAUGGCUGGAGCUUCGUCGGUAGCCGGUGAAGUGUUUGUUGACGCUUUACCGUAUUUUGACCAGGGCUAUGAUGCUCCCGGUGUCAGAGAAGCAGCUGCUGCUUUGGUGGAGGAGGAAACACGGCGAUACAGACCUACAAAAAAUUACCUGAGUUACCUGUCAACGCCGGAUUUCUCAGCUUUUGAAACAGAGAUCAUGAAGAAUGAGUUUGAGAGACUUGCUGCACGCCAGCCCAUGGAGCUUCUCAGCAUGAAGAGAUACGAGCUGCCCGCCCCAUCGUCAGGCCAGAAGAACGACAUGACGGCGUGGCAGGAUUGCGUGAAUAACUCGAUGGCCCAGCUGGAGCACCAGGCAGUGCGCAUAGAGAACCUGGAACUCAUGGCACAGUACGGCACCAAUGCCUGGAAGGUGUCUAAUGACAACUUCGCGUUCAUGAUCGAAAACGCACAGAAGGAGCUGCAGAAGGUUAGGAAGCACAUUCAGGACUUAAACUGGCAGCGGAAGAACGAUCAGCUCACUGGAGGGGCCAAACUGCGAGAACUGGAGUCCAACUGGGUGUCCCUCGUGAGUAAGAACUACGAGAUCGAGCGAGCCAUCGUGCAGCUGGAGAACGACAUCAGCCAGCUGAGGCAGCAGCAGGGAGAAGAGAACAAGGAGAACAUCCGACAGGACUUCUAGUAAGUGACAUGCCUGUCCAGCACAAUCUGGAACAACAGAUGGAUGCACCGUCAAAAAAUGAUGCAAAGUCUGCAGAAAAGACAUUUCUGAGAAGAGUGUGGAGAUUUGUUUCCAUACUGUGAAGUUAGCAGAGGAAGUGGUGUGGUAUUUUUGAAAGCUUGCUACAAUACAGUUCAGCAAGAAUUCUUUGGAUUGUAGGUUUUUUUUUUUUUUUUUUUUUUUUUUUUUUUUU